UCCCUGACUAAGACAGGACUNNNCUCCUAUCUUGAGUGUGUAGCACAGCUUUACAUAAUUUUUACAUUUGUAUGUACUGAAUGCUAUCUGCUCACGACCAUGGCUUAUGACCGGUGUCUGGCCAUCCUCAGACCACUGCUCUAUGGAAACAUCAUGAGCCAGAACUAUUGUUCUUCAUUGGUGAUCACUGCCUGGGUAGGUGGGGCCAUCUACUCAGCCUUCCGCACUUCCAACACCUUCUCCCUCCCCUACUGUGGGCCCAAUGUCAUUGAGCACUUCUUCUGUGACAUCCCUCCAGUCAUGAGACUCUCCUGCACUGAUUACCAUGUCAAUGAGGAGGUGGGCUUUGUGGUGAGCAUCUGCACUGUCAUGAGCUCCUUAGUCCUCACGGUGGUCUCCUAUAUUGGCAUUGUGGCCACAGUUCUUCGUAUCCCCUCAGUGGAUGGCAGGUGGAAAGCCUUUUCUACCUGCUCCUCUCACCUGACCACGGUCAUCUUGUUUUAUGGAACUGGAAGCUUUGUGUACCUGAGGCCUGCCUCUCAGUACUCGCCGACCCUGGGUCGCCUGGCAUCUAUUUUCUACUCUGUAGUCACACCGUCUUUGAACCCAGUUGUCUAUUGCCUGAGGAACAAAGAUAUGAAGUUUGCUCUACAGAAACUUUAUUGUGGGAAGAAGUACUGA